UAUCCGGCAAAGAGCCCACUCAUUUUGGCAGCUGCUACAAAUUCCAUUUCUCCUAAAGCAUACCUUCUCCACCACUACCGCCAAGCAAGAAAUCUCUAGCACACUAAUUUUGAUCGCCGGAAUAAUCGUUUUACGGGUUAUAGUCGCUGGUUGAUUUUAUUGAUUGAGGGAUUUCGUGUGAUGGGCUGUACUGUUAGAGAGAAACAUAUCCGUACUAAUCGGAGGACCCGAUCGGUUAAGGCCGAAUCGGAUCAUUCCAGCACCAUUAACACAAAUGGUAAUGUAGAUAAAUCUGGGAAUUUGCAAGCGGGGAUUAGACCUAAAAAUUACCACAUGGCUCUGAAUGCUCUGAAGCAGAGCCCGAUGUUGAUGCCAGCUGCAAAUGCGAGCUCUGUGUUUGAGGAUAAUGGGUGGGGUUACUGCACAGAGGAACAAUUGGAGGAGAUACUGCUGAAGAAUUUGGAGUUUUUGUAUAGUGAGGCGAUAAAUAAGCUUGUUGCAUUGGGUUAUGAUGAGGAGGUGGCACUGAGAGCGAUUUUAAGGAACGGGCAUUGUUAUGGUGGGAUGGAUGUUUUGACAAACAUUUUGCAUAAUUCUUUGGCUUAUCUGAAUAGUGGUGGCAGUAAUGAGGGGAAUGGUGAUGAGCCUGAGCCUGAGCCCUCAUUUGUGGACUUGAGGCAGCUGGAGGAGUAUUCACUUGCUGGAAUGGUUUGUUUGUUGCAACAAGUGAAGCCCCAUCUGACCAAGGGUGAUGCUAUGUGGUGUUUGCUUAUGAGUGAUCUCCAUGUUGGCCGUGCCAGUGUGAUGGAAAUUCCAGUUUUGCCAUCCCCCAGUGGAGGUGGGAGCAGUAGUAUUAAUACUGUCAUUGGGAGUGGGAUUGAGGGUGUCUCCGCAAGUGGUGGUGGGAGCCCAGAGGGAGUUAUUAGUAAUGGGGGACCUGUUGGUGUUGCACCUGCACUCUGUAGGUUUCAUGGUGGCUGGGGAUUUGGGAAUGGUGGAACAUCAGAGUUUCCAAUGCACGGAAUGAACGGAUUUUUGUCUUAUGCAUCAGAAAUGGCUUUGCAGAGAGAGAUUGAGUGUCCAAAGAGAUUUAACCUCAGUCCAUCAAUGAAGAACCUAUUGAAAAGAAAUGUUGCUAUGUUUGCUGCAGGAUUUAGGGCAAAUUCUAAACAGUUUCACAGCCAAUCACAGGCCUGCCCCAGUUCUUUAUCUGGUGGGAAUACAUCUGGUGGGUGUGGUACGACACCUGCAGUUGCAGUUGGGGACAGUGAUGAAUCCCAGUAUGCAAAGAAUCAAGAUGUAGUUAACUCAGUGAUGAGCAAGUUUCAGGACUUGAAUCUUGAUGAGAAUAAUGAACAAGUGUCAUUGGAUCAAAAAGAUGAAAUGAUCCUUAGUUUGAUCCAUCAGAUAAAGGACUUAGAGAAACAGGUGAAGGAACGUAAAGAGUGGGCUCACCAGAAGGCAAUGCAAGCUGCAAGAAAGCUCAGUCAUGAUUUGACCGAGCUGAAGAUGUUGAGAAUGGAGAGAGAGGAAACUCAGCGCCUGAAAAAGGGAAAGCAGACCCUUGAAGACACCACCCUGAAGAGGCUGACUGAGAUGGAGAAUGCUCUAAGGAUGGCUAGCGGUCAAGUUGAUCGUGCAAAUGCUGCUGUUAGGAAGCUUGAGACCGAGAAUGCAGAAAUUAGAGCAGAGAUGGAAGCAUCGAAAUUAAGUGCAUCUGAAUCGGUCACAACCUGUUUGGAAGUUGCAAAGAGGGAAAAAAAGUGCCUUAAGAGGCUUCUAGCAUGGGAGAAGCAGAAAACUAAGAUGCAGGAAGAUAUUACUGCAGAGAAACAGAAGAUCUCAGAGUUACAUCAGGAAUUGGCUCAGAUUGAGGUAGCCACAAAGGAAGCAGAGGCAAAGUGGAGGCAGGAGCAGAAGGCUAAAGAACUAGUUGUCACACAGUUGGAGGAAGAGCGACGCCUUAAAGAAGCUUCUGAGUAUAAUAACAAAAGGAAGCUUGAGGCUCUGCGGCUAAAGAUAGAGAUAGAUUUCCAGCGCCACAAAGAUGAUCUCCAGCGCCUUGAGCAAGAAUAUGCUCGCCUUAAAGAAUCGGCACAAUUAACCGAGGUAGAAAGUCAGGCCAAUGGUUUAUGGACAGAAAACUCUAAUGGUGUAAAUUCCCGAGGAGAAGCCCUUGCAAGGUUGCUGCAUGAACUCGAUCAAUUUGAAGACUCUUCAGAAAAGGAGGUCAGCUGUGAUAGGGAAUGCAUGAUUUGCAUGAAAGAUGAAGUUUCUGUCGUUUUUCUUCCUUGCGCCCAUCAAGUGAUAUGUGCAAACUGUAACGACAACUAUGGGAAGAAAGGUAAAGCUACAUGCCCAUAUUGCUGCGUUCCAAUUGAACAAAGGAUUCGAGUUUUUGGUGCAAGCGCAUAGAUGCAAUACCAAAUGUGUCAUGCUGAGGGAGCUCUCUAAAGGAACACCUAUGCGCAUCUUUAAUUUAAGCUGGUAUAUGAGCUUUACUGGUUUUCUUCCCAGAGAUCUGUGUAUAAAUAAAUAGCAUACUCUUAUGCGGCUUGUGCAUUUGCUACAUGAUACUCUCCCACCUUAUGUGGGAAGCAGACUAUUAUGAGCUCUGCAAUUUGCAGCUAAUACAUGUUUUUUUUAAACGUUA